CUGACGACAAACGAAUCUUUGCAAUAACCUCGACAUCCAGAUACUCUCGUCCAGCAUGCCGACCGAAGGCGUCUUCAUCCGUCCAUCCGGACAAAAAACCUUCAUCCCCCUGGAGAACAACCCCGAAGUCUUCACCUCUCUGGUCCACGACCUCGGCGUCUCCCCCGAGCUCGGCUUCUACGACGUCUACAGCCUCGACGAUGCCAGUCUCCUCUCAACGGUGCCACGUCCCGUCCUGGCACUGAUCUUCAUCACCCCGGCAGAGAUGUACUUUGCCGUUCGCAAGCAAGACGGAACAACCGUGUCGCCCGAGCACUUGACCUACGACAAGAGCGGCGACGACGAGCCCGUUCUCUGGUUCCAGCAGACCAUUGGCCAUGCGUGCGGGCUCAUGGCGCUGCUUCACUCUGGAUUCUUCUUGGAUGGCCUUCUCCACGAAACUACGCCUCUCAAACCUGUUGAGAGAGCCGCAGCAUUAUACAAUAAUGAAGAGCUGGAGAAGAAGCAUAUGAAGGCCGCAAGGACGGGCACUUCCCAGCCGCCCGAGGCUAGCGAGGAGAAUCACUUCCACUUCAUCUCCUUUGUCAAGGGAAAGGAUGGCCACUUGUGGGAGCUGGAGGGCGCCACUGACGGUCCCUUGGAUCGGGGGCUGAUGCGUGAAGGCGACGAUGUGCUGAGCGAGGGGGCGCUGGAUAUGGGGAUUCGCAAGUUCUUGAAGGUUGGGAAUGGGAACGUCAACUUUAGCAUUGUGGCAUUGGCGAAGAAGCCUGCCGAGUGA